CAUCCAAGAACACACCACACUCGCAAAAAUGGUUGUCUACAGCAUCCUCAUCCUCUUUCUACUACUAUUGAUCUUCUCCAUCUCCAACUCCCAAUCGGCGGCGCAGCCCAGCGCCGACGAGCAAACACUACUCCUAGCAAUCAAGCAAGAUUGGGACAACCCAGCUCCACUCAGUUCAUGGAGCAGCACCGGCAACUGGACUGGUGUUAUCUACAACAAUAUCACAGGUCAGGUCACUGGCCUCUCCUUGCCAAGUUUCCAUAUAGCCAGACCAAACCCACCCUCCGUUUGUAGACUCAAGAACCUAACCUACAUAGACCUCUCUUUCAACAAUCUCACCGGUGAUUUCCCCACGGUGCUCUACGGUUGCUCAGCUUUGGAGUUCCUUGACCUAUCCAACAAUCAAUUAUCCGGCAAACUUCCGGACCGCAUUGACAGGCUAUCGUUGGGGAUGCAACACCUCAACCUGUCCAGCAAUGCUUUCACCGGCGAUGUGCCGUUGGCUAUUGGAAGGUUCUCGAAGCUCAAGUCAUUGGUACUUGACACUAACAGCUUCAAUGGGAACUACCCGGGUGCCGCCAUUGGAGGCCUUUUGGAGCUUGAGACGCUGACGCUGGCGAAAAACCCGUUUGAGCCGGGUCCAGUCCCAAAAGAGUUUGGCAAUCUCACAAAGCUGAAGUUGUUGUGGUUAUCAUGUAUGAACAUGACUGGGACCAUCCCUGAUGAUCUAUCGUCACUGACAGAGCUCACACUGCUGGACUUGUCACAAAAUAAGAUGCAGGGACAAAUUCCCGAGUGGGUAUUGAAGCACCAGAAACUCGAGAAUCUAUAUCUCUAUGCAAGCAAUUUGAGUGGCGAGAUUGGUCCUAACAUCACAGCUCUCAACCUGCAGGAGCUUGAUCUGUCCAUGAACAAGUUCUCUGGAUCAAUACCAGAGGACAUUGCAAACCUGAAGAAGUUGAGAUUACUAUUUUUGUACUACAACAAUCUCACUGGACCCAUCCCGGCUGGUGUUGGUAUGAUGCCGAACCUCACUGACAUCCGUCUCUUCAAUAACAAGCUCUCUGGGCCCCUACCCGCGGAGCUUGGAAAGCAUUCGGAAUUGGGGAAUUUUGAGGUGUCCAACAACAACCUCUCUGGUGAGCUGCCGGAUACACUUUGCUUCAAUAAGAAGCUCUUUGACAUUGUGGUGUUCAACAAUAGCUUCUCCGGCGUGUUCCCGACGAACCUUGGGGAUUGCAAAACCAUCAACAACAUCAUGGCAUACAACAACCACUUUGUUGGGGACUUUCCCAAGAAGAUAUGGUCAUUCGAGUUGCUCACCAAUGUCAUGAUUUACAACAACUUCACCGGCACUCUACCUAGUGAGAUAUCAUUUAACAUCUUAAGGAUUGAGAUGGGGAACAAUCGCUUCUCCGGUGCCCUCCCGUCGGCCGCCGUCGGUCUGAAGAGUUUCACGGCGGAGAACAACCAGUUCUCCGGUGAACUGCCAACUGACAUGUCUAGGCUCGCCAACCUCACCAUGUUGAACCUCGCCGGCAACCAGUUGCUCACCACUGUCAAGAUUUAUAUUAACAACUUCGCCAGCACUCUACCAAGUAAUAAGAUUGUUAGUAAGUCAAAUGUAAAAGAGAUUGGUUUACAGUCACAAGGGAAAAUGGGUUUUGCCCAUUGCGAUAACGGCCGAUUGCAACGAAAUUGGCCAUGCUAAAAACAAACUUAAAAAAAAAUAACAGUAUCCACCUUAAAAGCAUCACCAA